AUGGGAAGGGGAAGAGUGGAGUUGAAGAGAAUUGAGAACAAGAUCAACAGGCAAGUGACCUUCGCUAAACGAAGGAACGGGCUUUUGAAGAAAGCUUACGAGCUUUCCGUUCUUUGUGAUGCCGAGGUUGCUCUCAUCAUCUUCUCCAAUAGAGGAAAGCUGUACGAGUUUUGCAGCAGUUCAAGACAGGUGGCGGUUGAGGGUUUCUGCGAUCGUGUUGCUGUUAGAUCUGCAACUGGAAACGCGUUAAACCCCAACAGACAUACAUGA